CUGGUUGGAGCCACACCUCACACACACAGAGAGAGAAAAAGGCAGAGAGAGUCUGUCAGAAAGCUGCAGCUGGUUCAUGAUCUCACUCCUUCAGCCGCUCAUCGCCUCCCUGCCUGCUCCUCUCCGGACGUUUGGAUUCCAACGUUUGAAUCUUCUGAGGAGUAAAUUUUAAUUUUCUGCCUGUGAGGAUUUUUUCACCAGAGGAAAUUUGUGGAUAUCCCGAUUUUCUUUCUUUCCUGUCUGAACCACCUGGAGUCCACCUGCAGAGUUUUAUUUUUUACUCUACGGUGGGGGUUUUCUCAGGGUUUUACCCUCUGACUGUCCACAUUUGUGUGGCUUUUUGUCUGGAUGCCCCAGGAUUAUCUACAGACUGCAGUUCCUUCUCGGGCCUGCAGGGCGGCAGCAGAGAGCAACGGCCAGCCGCUGGACAGGCAGACCGUCGGCAUGAGCGACUUCUGGCACAAGAUGGGCUGCUGCGUUGUAGCCAAACCUCCUCCGAAGAAGAACAGGAGGAAGAUCGACCGUAGCAUGAUCGGCGCACCGACAAACUUCAUGCACCUAACGCACAUCGGCUCCGGGGAGAUGGGAGACGGCCUGCAGCCGUCAGGUUCUGUUCAGGAGCAGAUGAGGUCUAAAGGCCCCAACAUGAACUGCAGGAACAGCCUGUUAUAGCCGGAUUUUAUUAAAUUGACUCAAACCAGCUGACUGACCUCCUCCGCACUCUGAACCUCUGAGCCUGUCCUCCAUCAUCCAGCUGACGGCUUCAUCCCACCCUGCUGCCCUGCUGAAGUGUCACUGAGCAACAGAGGAACCCUUCUGGCCUACAUGUUAAAAUUAUUGAGAAAAUGUAGUAAUCUUAAUAAUGUUUUUUGUUUCUUUCUUUCACCUUGGUCAGGUCUGAAAGUAGGACAAGAAUUAUACAAAUGUUAUUUUUGGGGGUAGAUUUGGCACCAGGUUUCUCUCAUCAGUUUUAAAUUAGACGUAACUGUAAUUGUAUAAUCAAAAAAAUUAAAUCAGGAAUAUAAGAACAGCAUUUAACUGCUGGUGAUUCUAAAUUUUUAAGAUAUUUUAUUCUGCUGAACUCUUACACUGCAAAAACGCAAAAAAGACCAAAGUAUUUUUGGUCUAAGACAAAACGAACUUUCAGGUAACUUUUCUUUAACUCUUUAAAAUUCGUUUUGUUGGCAGAUUAUUUAAUUUUUACCUAGGGGGAAAAAGUAAUGUUAGUAGUGAAAUAAUCAGUGGAACUAGAACUUGGUUGCUAGGCAACGUGCUUGGCUGACUAGCGUUGCUAGGCGACAGCUCAGGACCUGUUGAUCGUGGAUCUAGUACUUUUCCAUCAAUACUCAGAAAGUAUUGACUUGAAAUAAGCUCCCAUAUCAUCCUGAAAAGUUAAUUGUAAGUUAGUUUGUCGCAUUUCAAGUGUACUAAGACAUCAGCAGAACAACAACACUUGGUAAGAUUUUAUGUUUUUGCAGUGUAUUAUUCAGCACCUGGUGUUUCGUCUACUGUUCUCCAAUGUUAAACGGCUGGUGACAUCAUUGGACUUCAUUUCCCAGAAUCCUUCAGGUUGGUCUUCCCCAUCUGGGCGCUCAGUGACACAGACUCUAGUUUUAAGGAGACAGGAAAGUCCCUUUUUUUUUGCUACACUGGACUGCAGUGUGUGUGUGUGUGUGUGAGUUUAGGGGGAGGAGAGUAUGUGUGUGUGUGUUUUUAAUAUCUGAACAUCGUGGGGAACUUCAGUAAUUUUUUUUGUGGACAUUUAUGGUAAGCCUCUGUUUUUAGAGAAACAAAUUUGAGGUCAUGGGUCUGCAUGAUGUCAGCAGUGGCCUAUAAAAAGGUAGAAAAGAAGCGCAGACAUGUGAAUGUGUGUGUCAUAGUGUUUCCAGUUUAGUAUAAACAACCCACAUGUCUGCAAGUUCUCUUUUAAUCUUAUUUUACUCUAAAAAGGAAAUGUUCAGCCCAUUCCAGUGUUGGCUUGGAACGAGAAAAACUUUUUUCGGCCAUCACUGUUUAAGAUAUUUGUAGUAUUUUAAGACAUUUCAUGCUGCACCUGGUAGCGGAUGUAGAGUUUGACUGCUUUAUGUUGUGAGUGCUUGACUUAAAAGAAAAUCUGUGUUAUUUGUAAUUUUAUUCUGUUUUGGGGGUUUAAUGUGUGAUAUUUGUUGAAUUUAUAUUGCUUGUUUCUUUGGUAUCUCACCCCAUCUUGAUUAUCUUAUUUUGCUUAUUUAGAUUUUUGUUUUAGAUUUUAGGCUUUUAAGUUUUUACGUGUCAAAAUUCCUGUAUUUCCUGUCUUGAGCAAAGUUUUAAACACUUUGAGAUAUUGUGAAACUGAAAUUAUUUUGAGACACUUUGAGCUACAAUAUUUACUUCAGAUGAUUUUUUUUUU